GAGUUUCUCACAGAAACAGAGGUUUUCCGCAGUUUGGGUGUUCCAGGAAUCGGUUUCAGAAUGAGUCUUCAGGCGUCUUCUUCCUAUGCCUUUGGCAUUUCUUCGUUCGUAUCUCCUCCCAGACGUGUCCGCCACGUCCCUGAAAUCCGAGCCAAAGUGGAACCAUCGGAUAAGUCUGUUGAGAUAAUGAGGAAAUUCUCAGAGCAAUACGCUCGUAAGUCAGGAACAUAUUUCUGUGUUGAUAAAGGAGUCACUUCUGUUGUCAUUAAGGGAUUGGCUGAUCACAAAGAUUCAUUAGGUGCACCGCUUUGUCCUUGUAGGCAUUAUGAUGACAAACCAGCUGAGGCAGGGCAGGGCUUUUGGAACUGUCCAUGCGUUCCCAUGAGGGAGAGGAAGGAGUGCCACUGCAUGCUUUUUCUCACUCCUGAUAAUGAUUUUGCCGGCCAGGAUCAGACCAUCUCCUUGGAAGAAAUCAGAGAAUCAACCGCAAAUAUGUAAUGCUUAGUGUAUUGAAUUCUCACCUCUUUUAACAAUCACCACUUGUAUGUAUGUUCAUAUGCUAUGAGGAACCGAUUCUGGUUUUCUCCUACAUUCUACAUUUUCUCUCUUUCCUUCAUUCCUCAUUUGCUCAGAGCUCCUGUCAUGGAUCCCCAAUAAUACCUUUGGAAAUGGCAAAUAACCACACGAUCUGCACAGCUUCUACAUAUCCUCUGGAAAGGAAUGCAAUAAUCAGACCCUAUCAAUGAAAUGUAUACUAAUUUGACUUGAUUCUCUCUCAAACCUCCCAGAGAAGAACCAGCAAAUUUUUUAGCAGUGUUUUCGAAUUCAAGGUAGCUGAAGCCAUGCAAGGCCUCUGUGGAAUGCCUGAGUCAAAGUAGAGGUAGCUGAAACUGUGUUUGAAGCUUGUGAUUUUGGUAGUUGCAACAAUCAAUUUUGCAAUGGUUCUGGAUUUAGAACAUUUGUUGUCAAA